CUGAAUUGUAAAAUGUCACCAUGGUCGAGAACUUUAUUCACGCGGCCGUCAAUCUCGGCCGUCGCUUCCCGUCGAUGGAAACGUCGUGCCAUUGUUCCUCAAUUCUCAAUCAACUCAACAACUUAUCAAGAUGGGCGUAUAUAAGAACGGGAAAAUUGCAGAUCAGCAACUGGAUAUCAAGGCAUUAGCGAUGGCACCCACCAAGUACGUUGACCGUGUGAUACCUGAGAUAUCUUUGCGCGACUUCGAGGCUCGAACAGACGAGAUUACCAAGGAGCUUGUCGACGCAGCCGAGAACGUUGGGUUCUUUUGUAUCGUAGACCAUGGAAUCUCAAGAUCAACGGUGGACAAUAUGUUUGAGCAAUCCGCACGCUUCUUCAAUCAGCCAGACGAAGUGAAAGCUACAGUCCCGUUUUCAUCAACAGAGAAUGCGGGCUGGGAGAAGAACGCUCAGAUACGCCCCUCAACUGGGGCAGUUGAUCGAAAGGAGUCAUACCAAAUGCAAUUCGGCGAGGGAAUGAAUGGUCGAUGGAUUGAUGAAGCGAUUUUACCUGGAUUUAAAGAAGAAGCGCUUAACUUUAUGUACCAAGUGCAAUCCGUCAGCGAGAAGCUGAUGAUCUGUUUCGCACGCGGCUUGGGAUUCGAAGAUGACUAUUUUAUCAAAGCACAUGACAUCCGCCAACCAGACUCGCAGUCAGUCUGUAGGUUACUACAUUAUUUCGAAACCCCUCGGGUUCCGAAUCCAAAUGGGGAAGUCUAUCACCGCGCAGGAGCUCACUGCGACUGGGAUUUUAUAACCCUAUUGUUCCAAAAAGCUGGCCAGUCUGGGCUCGAAAUAUGUCCUGGUCGAAGCGUAUCGACUGCUUUUGCUUAUGGUGAUACAUGGACUAAAGUAGAGCCUAAUGUGGAGAAGAAUGCAAUCAUCUGCAAUAUUGGUGAUCAGUUGAUGAGUUGGUCCGACGACCGCUUCAAAUCUACUUUUCAUCGUGUUAAAGCUCCAUGUGAACCAGACGAUUAUUAUGGCGAGAGAUAUAGCAUUGCCUUCUUCAACCAGCCACUGAAAACCGCGAAAAUUCAAGGUCCAUUGAAAAAAUACCCACUUGUGACGGGAGAAGAGUUCACUCGAAAUGCAAUGAACAGAAAUUAUCAAGCACUACAAGAGAAGAGACGCAAGGAAGAAGAGCAAACACUGAGUGUAAAAGGCUUGUCGGCGAACUCUGAGGUUGCCACUGCUGCUUGA